AUGAAUGUCAUGAAAGUAGUAACGUGGGCUUGCUAUGCUUGGCAUGUUGAUGGGAUCUCGCAAAAUAUCCGAAAUUGCUUCAGCGGAUCUGGGUGGCUUGAUAUUCCCGUAGGGGAUCAAGCCGAUGCGGAACAGGAAGAACUCAUGGCGGCCAGGCAGUGGCUAUGGCGCAGUGUUGAAAAGCUCGAACAAAUAAAUUUUAUCCACAAGGCUAUGGAGGUUAAUACCUUCAUAAAUCCUCCUUUUGAGUCUUCUGAGAGGGCAUUUAUCGAGGAGGAGCAGAUGGCAACUCAAGCCAGCUCCGUCGAAAUUCCAGAGGGUGACUCAGAUGAAGAGGUAGAAUAA